AUGCCCCACCGCGUCGCCGCCCUCCUCCUGCUCCUCCCGCUCACCGCCGCGUCGGAGGAAGCUGCGCCGGCGGCCGCUCCGCCGGUGGAGGCAGUUGCCGUGACCGCGGCCGCGCUGCUGGACCGGCACACGGCGCAGCUCGCGAGGCUGGAGGAGCUCGCGGAGUCGCUCGGCAGGUCCGUCCGCGCGCUCGAGUCCGCGCUCGCCAGAUCCGUGGACGGGCUCACCAAGUACUUCGCCGUGGGAGACUCCCGCGGCUGCGUCUUCGUCUUCUCCGCCGCCGGGGACGCGCUGCUCGACCUCGAGGCUGCCUCCGGCGAGUCCCAGUCACCGCACUCCUCGCCUACCUCUCGCCGCGCCGCACCGACUGCCUCCUCUUCACCGGCCACGCCGACGGCUUCAUUGCCGCGCACCGCCUCAUCGAGUCGUCCCCGCACAGCCGCAUCCUCCCGCCUCCUUGUCCGCGGCAUCGAUGCCUCCCCCGUGGUCCACCUCGAGGCCCACCACGCCGGCCGCGCGCGCUACGUGCUCGCCUGCAACGCCGGCGACCGCAUCCGCGUCUUCACGGAGACAUCCGCGUCUUCACAGGCCACGGCCGCCUCUUCCUCACCGAGGCUGGAGCUGCCUCGCUCGACCUCCGCUCCAUAUUUUCAUAACCCUAACACACACUCUCCUGCCUCCUACACCCGCCGCCGCCACUGCCGGCGGCCUCCUCCACCUCUGCCGCUGCCUCCGGCGCGCCGUCACCCCUUCCUUCAGUGCGCCACCGCCCUGCUCCUCCACUCCGACAGCGUGCUCCGCGCCCUGCUCCCUUGUGCAGCCGCCGCGGCUCCCCUGCGGAGCCGCCCCUUGCCCCCCGACCCGCCGCCGGCUCCCCCGCGCGCUCGCCCGCCGGCCGUGCCCGCGUGCCGCGUGACCCACUCCUGCGCCGCCGCCUCCGCGGCCUGCUCCUGCGUCGAUGCGCCCGCAACCCGCUCCUGCGCCGCCGCGCUCCGCUGUCUGCUCCUGGCGCGCCUUGCCCCGCGCGGGAGCGCCGCCGGCGGCCUUCGUGCUGCUGUGUGA